CCCGGCUGCUGCGUCCCGUGCUGGGGUGUUACGGUUGAGAAAACCCCCUUUUUGAAAAUGGAGAAAUUGACCUCCGCGGCAACUCCUCCUCCUCCUUCCGCUACUUCAUCUCUCCCGCUUCCUACAGCAGCUGCAGCAGAUCAGAGAUCUUCGCCGGCGAUGGACUUAGAUAACCCGCCGGUUCCGAGUCGGCCACAUAUAGGAGGAGCUCAGGUGGCUCCGUCAGAUCCGUCGUCAAGGGGGAGAAAGAGGGGGCUGGAAGGGAAUCUGAAGGUGGAGAACUCCAACUACUACAAGAUGCGUCUCCUUGUCAAGGAUCUUCGCCCUCACGUUCUCGAGGUACUACGAGCUCCCGACUUCAGAAACUGCAAGGCAGCAGUCGAAAUUCAAGAGAAGAUGAAGCUUUUGCUUCAACUAUACCAAGAGAUGAUUGGACAAACACCCAAACUUGAGAAAUCAACUAAGACCGAGUCCUUAUCCAACGGCAAGGCACUCAGUCAAACACCUGAGGCAACAAGCACUACUGAUAAUAAGCACAACAACUCUGUUGUUGGUGACGACAAGGUCGUUGGAGGGUCUGCUUUUGGCUGGAACUUCGUCACCUAUGGAGGCACUGAUGCUGUUUACUGUGGCCUCUCCAAGGAAGAAUACAGAGCCUCUCACCCAAUUGUUCAAGCAGAGGCACAUGUAGAGGCUCAAUUAUAAAAGGUUUCUUUAGCCUUCCUGUUAAUGUUGUUUGUUUUAUUUAAUAUUGUCUAGUACAUGCACUUUGGUGUCUGUACAUCCCAUUAUGUUGUUGUAUCAACUGAAACCAAUGGGAGCUCUUGCCAUGAAUGUUUAAUUAGUACCAAUGUUUAACA